CAGACCUCGAACGUGGACCCCACAAACUGUCCUUAUUCUUCAACGUAUGGGUGAGGGCCCUGACACGACAAGUAAACCGCGAAAACACCAGAGAAGCGCGAUAACAUCGAGAAUAUGGCCGCCAUCGUCGAGCUUCCACCGCCCGCGCCCUCGAUACCCACCAAACAUGUGGCGAACACCACCACAAACUGCCCCUCAUGCGGUACCAGCGUGCAGGUGGAUAUAGAGCAGAUUGAGGGCGCGAGGAGGAGAAUAGCAGAGUUGGAGGCGCAGAUGGAGUGGCUAAAGGAGAAGGCGACCGCUGCUGUGGACAAAUGCGCCGAUUACGAGGACCAGCUUCGCAGUCUACGGGUGGCCCAGAGCAGAGACCGGCUUCCUCGCUCCAAUACCUCCGACUCCCUCGACCCGUUACAACACUCCGACGAGCAACCUCGCCCAGCAACCGCAGGCGCUACAGUCGCAAAACAUUCACGCUUCUCCUUCCUAACCGCGCGCCGUGGUUCCCCUAACAACUCCACCUCUUCCCCGCCCCCUCCACCGCAACUAUCCAAAGACCCAUCCAUUCUCCCACCUGCACCCGCCGACACGGCGCUCCUCAACGAACUCGAGCGCGAGCGCGCCCGUCGCGUCAAAGCCGAAGCUCGCAUCCAAAACGUAGACUCAGAGAUUGAAGAGCUCUCCGUCCAACUCUUCUCGCAGGCGAACGAGAUGGUGGCGGACGAGCGUAGGGCGAGGGCGAAGUUGGAGGAGAGGGUAGAACUGCUGGAGAGACGGGAUAGGGAAAAGAUGGGGAGGUUGGACAGGUUAGAGAAGGCGGUCAGCCGGAUUGACCGUGUGAAGGCGAUGCUCAAGGACGACCCCGUGAGCUCUAAUGUUGCCACGCUGGCACCGCCCGCGAGGAAGUGAAUGACUGUGGCAAAUGUGUGACGCCGCUUUGGAAUACCCCGCAGCUCUCUCUCUCUCUCUCGCUCUCUCUCUUUUCAUCUUUAUUGCUUCUUGAGAUACCCUACCUUUUCCUCUUCGGCACUCUGGCGGUACUUGGGCGUUUCAGCAUUGUUAUAGGCGAAUGGGGCUGCUCUGAAACAUUCCACUUGCAUUUGCGGAGUGGCGUUUGUGUACACAUGGAAAUCCUGCUCUGCAACAGUUAGCAACAUCUCACCUUGCAGUCAUUGAUACAUAUGGAUCAAAUAUCAAGACAUGACUGUUAAUUAACACCUUGGC